GCGGUGCGGACCCCGGUGUUUGCCGAUCUCCGGAGGGGGACCGGAUAAUCCAGUCGGACCUUCAGUGGAGUGGAUCUCCUCUAUCUACACACUCGGAGCGAAGGCACUUUUACAUUGCGCACAGGGGAUUUUGAUUUACUCACUACAGGUGACCUGUAACUGGUUGGAGAGAGGGAGGAGAGGAGAGGAGAACAAAUGGAAAGGGAGCAGAGAGAAAGAGGAUGAGAGUGAGAGAGAGCAGGACCCAUGAGAUUCCUCGUUCUCAAUGAGAGCCCCUCGCUCUGCCGGCUUCUGAUUUGAAAAGAAUAAAGUGGACUUUGCCUAAAGAGGGCUUUUGACAUCCCUACUGCUCUGUAGUGGGAGUCCUCCCUUUUGUCUCAGUAGAAGUAGUAAUGACUCUACUCUAAACAUAGAAAUAACUUCUUUUCAACAUUUCUCUACGCCCUUCUUCUUCUUACCUUGUGACAGUCCAUUGCCAUGGAGAAGACAUACUCACUAACUGCCCACUAUGAUGAGUUCCAGGAAGUGAAAUAUGGUGGUCGCUACAGCAGUGACAUCCUCAGCAACGGCAUGACCCUUCACCUGGGGGGCAGCCUGGACCGUCAUAUGGGACGUGGCCGGGGCGGGACCUUGUCAAAUGGUCGAAACAGAGAUCUAAGCAGCACCAGCAGCAGCGGAGGGCUUCCUCGAUGGAGCCGGAGGGAGAUCUGCCUCCUCUCUGCACUGGUGUUUGCAGCAGGCAUGUGCGUCAUCUUGGGCAGCAUGCUUGCACUGAAGUACAUUUCCCUGGACGCCCAGCAGGAUCCACAGUGCCGGCAGGACUGCCAACGCAAACGCUCCCUGCUGCGGGCGGCACGCUUCGUUCAGGCCAAUAUUGACCCAACCAUCCAGCCGUGCCAGGACUUCUACUCCUUCGCCUGUGGUGGCUGGCUGAGGCGCCACGGCAUCCCUGAGGACAAGCUCAGCUACGGCAUCAUCACCGCCAUAGGAGAGCAUAAUGAGGAGAAGCUACAGAGUCUCCUGCUGGAGCCGAUCCGGAGGCGUGGGCCCGGCUCAGCAGAGCGCAAGGUCAAGGAGUUCUAUCGAUCCUGCGUCAAUAUCCAGGAGAUCGACAAGCUGGGCUCUGACCCCAUGACUGAGGUGAUAGACAGCUGUGGGGGGUGGGACCUGGUGGGGGCUCCUCCCGGUGCUGCUGGGUGGGAGAGAGAGGGCGCCCCACAGAGGCCGGACUUCAAUGAGCUGCUGUACAGGACCCAGGGUGUGUACAGCACUGCGGUCUUCUUCUCCCUCACCGUCAAUGUGGACGAUAAAAACUCCUCCAGGAAUGCAAUCAGGAUUGAUCAGGAGGGGCUUACACUGCCUGAGAGAAGCCUGUACCUGGGACAGGAUGAGGACAGUGUGAAGAUCCUGGCGGCAUACAAGGCCCUGAUGGAGCGCUUACUGAGCAUGCUGGGAGCCCACAACGCCACGCAGAAGUCCAAGGAGAUUAUACAGCUGGAGACCCGUCUGGCCAAUAUCACUGUGUCAGAAUAUGAUGACCAAAGAAAGGACAUCAGCACCAUGUAUAACCGCAUCACCCUCAGGCAGCUACAGCGCAUCGCUCCCAGUCUUCACUGGAAACGCUUGCUGGACAGAAUCUUCCACGACAACUUCUCAGAAGACGAAGAGAUUGUGGUGCUCGCCACCGAUUACAUACAGAAAGUCUCCGACAUCAUCAAGACCACUUCAAAGAGGGUUCUCCAUAACUACAUGCUGUGGCGAAUUGUGGCAGCGCUAAGUGAACACCUGUCCACCGCCUUCCGCAGCACCAUCCAUGAGUUUUCUCGGGAGAUUGAUGGCACGGAGCAGCAGCUGGAGCUGGGCAGGCUCUGCCUCACUCAGGCCAACAAACACUUUGGCAUGGCCCUGGGGGCCCUGUUCGUCCAGCAACACUUCUCCUCGCAGAGCAAGGCCAAGGUACAGGAGCUGGUAGAGGACAUAAAGCAUUCCCUGGAUCUCCGGCUGCAUGAGCUGGACUGGAUGGAUGAAGCCACCAAGGAGGCUGCCAGGGCAAAGCUGAAGCACAUGAUGGUGAUGACAGGAUACCCAGACUUCCUGCUCAAACCUGAGCUCAUAGAUCAAGAAUAUGGGUUCGAUGUGAACGAGAAGACCUAUUUCAAGAAUAUCCUCAACAGCAUCAAGUUCAACAUCAAGCUGUCAGUCAAGAAGAUCCAUGAAGAAGUGGACAAGACAACGUGGCUUCUCCCCCCUCAGGCCCUUAAUGCCUACUACCUCCCUAACAAGAACCAAAUGGUGUUUCCUGCCGGCAUCCUUCAGCCCACUCUCUACAACCCUGAGUUCCCACAGUCUCUUAACUAUGGCGGAAUAGGAGCUAUCAUUGGUCAUGAGCUAACACAUGGAUAUGAUGAUUGGGGGGGCCAGUACGACCGCCAUGGCAACCUCAAACAGUGGUGGACAGAAGAGUCCUACAGAAAGUUCCAGACGAAGGCUGAAUGUAUCGUCAAGCUCUAUGAUAACUUCACUGUUUAUAACCAGAGGGUGAAUGGUCGUCUGACACUGGGGGAGAACAUAGCAGACAUGGGAGGGCUCAAGCUGUCAUACUAUGCCUAUCAGAAGUGGGUAAGGGAACAUGGUCCAGAGAGGCCCCUGCCUGGCCUCAGGUACACACAUGAACAGCUGCUCUUCAUCGCCUUUGCACAGAACUGGUGUAUGAAGAGAAGAUCUCAGUCCAUCUACUUGCAGCUGCUGACUGACAAACAUGCACCAGAGCACUACAGAGUUAUUGGCAGUGUUUCCCAGUUUGAUGAGUUUUCCCGUGUUUUUCACUGUCCGAAGGGUUCCCCAAUGAACCCUGUGGACAAAUGCUCCGUAUGGUGACCUCUCCGCCCGGCUGUUGACCAUGGGAUGAACUUCAUCUUCACAGCUCCCACCAAUACACACAACCUGUCCUACAUCCCACAUUCAUCAGAGCCAACAUGAUGAUAGCAUAAAGCCUAUUCUUGCCUAUAAAGGAUACAGAAUUGAGAUGUAUCUUUUCAACAUCAUCAGUACACGUUUUCAAUUCAAGUUUCAAGUUUAUACAAUUGUCCAUUGUCUGUACUAACCAGCCUAAAGCAGGGGUCACAUGACCACUGAUCAUGUACAUAUAUAUCAUUUGAUUAUAUAUUUUUCUAUGUUUACAUUUAUUUCAAAAUCAUCUAUUUUUCUAUUUUAUCACAUAUAUCACAUACAUUAUGCGUAGGAUUCAUAAGCUCUUUGUUUUUUAAUUAAGCAACACAUUUCCUCAAUUGUUUCUGUUCUUUGUAGCAUCAACUAGAAAAACUUAAGCAUAUCAGAAGAUCGGCAGCAACAAUGCUUUCAGUCCCAAAUGAAACUAGACAAGGACCAAUUUAAUCAAUAGCAUCCUUGUGCCUGGCAAAAAUGUUGGUGUUUUUUUUGAGUUGGGAUUGGAGUUUGAUUUGUGUCGCAAUGCCGCGCUCUUGUGGCUGCAGAGAGAAAUGGUCAUUGUUCUACCACCAUAACUGUUGUAUUGUUUGCCUGCAUUGGUCUCUUGUUACUGUGAGUGUUUGUACGGUUUUUAAGAUUUGUCAACUUUUUUAGAAAAAGAAAGUGGACUGGAUGUUUUUCUCAGGAUUUGUAGCAAAGUGCAGUGACAAAUGGAGGAUCUCUGUGUCUCUAUCUACAUUCAACUCUUCAGCCUACAGUACAAUCACAAAGGAGAUGGUACUCUUAUCAAAGGAAGGGAAAAAAGAAGAGAAGAAUGAUUUUCCUCACUGGAAUUCACAGCAUGGGAAACAACUCGAUCCUAUCAGAUGAGCUGAUUUGAGAGUCAGAAGAACCGCUGCUAAUGGAUUAUUCAGAUCUCUGUGUUUCUGAUGAACUGUGAAGAAUGAUCUUCAACUCGGCAUUCAAGUGAGAGGGAGAGCGGUCACAUCAUAUAUUCACAGUUCAACUUACCAAAUACAUAAGAAGUGCAAGUACAUAAGAAAGUGCAUAUAUGGUAAAUGGAGAAUCAUACAUUUGUACGCAGUGUUUAAAAAAUAUUACUUUUGUAUAAAGAAAAAAAAUAAGAAUCUUUGUACAGUGGAGAAGUAUCAGAUGAAUCAGAUGUUAUGGUUGUACAGUUUGUUUUGAUGAGACUGCAUGUUUCCUCUCUGAACAUCAAUAAAUUCUGAUCAAUAUAUAUGGAAGA